GAACUAUAUAUGGUGUAGCAAAAAAUGUAUCUCUAAUUUCCGUUAAAGCUUGCAAUGCUUCUGGUUUUUGUGAUACCAGUGCUGUUAUUUCAGCAUUAAGCUUCAUAGGAAAACAACAUAUAAAAGGUCCUAACAAGAAUACAGUGAUUAAUAUGUCUUUUGGUUUCAUUAAUUUAACAGUUUGCAAUCAUGCGGUUAUAGAAGUAGGUAAAAAGGGUAUCCAUGUCGUUACCUCCGCUGGGAAUUUGGCAGAAGAUGCUUGUGAACUAUCACCAGCAUCAGUACCUAAUGCAAUAACAGUUGCAGCUACUAAUUCUAAAGAUGAUAAUAUUUUAAGUUUCUCAAACUUUGGAAAAUGUGUUAAUAUCUUUGCUCCAG